AUGACAGAUCCCAGGUGACAAUUUGCAGAAAAAGUGGUAAAUUUUCCAGAAUUUGUAGGCUAGACUUCAACGACAGCCCGCUACUCGACACACCCAGCGGCGGAUUCUUGGAGCAGGUCAAACAAGGACGACAAGAAGAUUUUCCACGAAAAAGAAAGUUUCAGACAUUCCUGAAUCCGAGAAACAAUGACAGGAGCAGAAGAUCGCUGGCUUCAACGGAACCGGACUUCGCGAACCCGGCGGGCGCGUGCCACAUGGUCUAUUGGCAGGAUUGCAUCGCACAAUUGGCCGUCGAAAUUCGAGGUACUUUAAAAAUCACAGAAAAAUCUAAAGUUUCACUGACAAACUCUUUAAACAAAUCAAUUUUUGACUUAAAAACGUCUGAAAAAUACUAUUGUUUUGUCAAUUUCACAUCAAUUUUAAGAAAAACAGAAUGUGGCAAAUGCGUGCGAUUUCGAGUUCCUCAAACCAGAAAUUGUCGAGUACCUGUUCACAGUAUGCGUUCGGCUGAGGUUACCCAGUGAAGUGAGGUUCACAGCGGCUCUCAUUCUCAAUUUGUGAGUUUCUUCUUCAAAAUUUCAAAAUUAUUCAAAAUCGUUGCAGAUACCUACUCCGACAAAUCUGUUCUCUUCACGAAUUCGUGGAAAAAAAGGAGAUGCCGGCGCUGCUGAAACAGCGGGAAUGGGAGAAUUUGGAGACGAAUAUGGAGAGACAAUUGCCGUUACGCAUCCUCACCGCCAUUCAGAUCAGCAGCAAAAUUCACAGCUAUCACGAUGUUCGAAAUUUAACAAUUUUUUACACAUUUUCUCUACAAUUGUCUUGUUUCGAAAAAGCAUUACAGAGUAUAUCCUCGCGUCAAGUGGUAAAUACGCUGCGAAAAAUCGGCUACCCGUACACAAUAUCGGCUGUGGAACUGUCGGAGCAGCGAAUCUUUAAAUUCAUCGGCUUCCGCAUCCCCGACAGUCCGUUCGAAGCGUGCGAAAUGACAAUGAAAGUGCUGACGUUCACAAUGAAUCGGAGAGGAAUAAUCGAGGAGGAAAAGUACGAGGAUCUGUGGCAGCACGUGCUCAUUGUGCUCGACAUUUGCUUCAUUAAUCACGCUGAGAUUUAUGAGAGUUUUCUACGAAAAUGUCCGUAUUUGUUGGAAAGUGAUUGCGAAAAAAGGUAUAAUGGUGGGAAAAUUGGAAACAUUGGAGGUUUUUCAGAUUAAUAUUGUCGAAAUUCAAAUGGGAUGUUCUAUUGCUCGCCUCUGCUGCCGUUCAGACUGCCGUGACGCUCAGUAUCGGCAACGAACACAUCAGAAUUGUGAGAAAAUGUUUCUACAAAUUUUAUGAAAAAUUUUGCAGAUAUCAGAAGUGAUAAAUCGCCUGUUGCGAUGCGAUCCGGACUUUGUGGACGCUUUGAGAUUGUCGAUACUCGAACUGGCAAAGGAGAAAAAGGAAGAGGAGUACUCGGAAGUGGACAUCUGA